CCGCUUGCAAAUGUGGAUCUAGCACUGGGUUGCGCAUUUCCUCAAAGCUGCUCCUCGGGCCGCUUGCAAGCCGCUUCCGUUCAGCACCUUUACGGCGUGUGCAUGCGACGGGCGUGUCCCCUUGCGCAGCCGUGAUUGGCCUGCCCCUUGGCUUUCGACUCAGCUGAGCGGGCGCGAUGUCGGUCCCAGCGUUGAUGAGGAGGCGUGGCGCAGGGCGGCUGAUCGCGUAUGAUCCCGCUGAAGUCCCGAAAGGGGGUUCUGCAGUUGUUGCCUCGUGUGCAACACCUGUGAAAAGGCUGGGGCAAGAACCAGCGGGCCACAGCUUCCAUGCAGCGGUUUUGAAGUAUGUGGAAAAACCAGGAGAGGAGGGAGAUGGGGAACCGUUACCAGAGGAGGAGGAUGCCAAGCUGGAUGAUCCGGCGCAUGUGCACCCAUCUUCCUGGGAGGGCACCAAGAAGAAAAAGGGGUCGAAGGGCGGCGAGGAGCAGCACGACCAUUACCAACUGCUAGGGUUGGGCCACCUGCGGUACCUGGCCAAUGAUGACCAGAUCAAGAAGGCAUACCGGGCAACAUCGCUGAAGCACCACCCCGACAAGCAGGCGGCAGUGCUGCUGGACCUGGGCAGCGAGGAGGAGAAGGAUGCCAAGCGUGAGGAGCUGGACAAUCACUUUAAGCUCAUCCAGGAGGCAUACGAGGUGCUCACGGACCCCGCCAAGCGGCGCCUGUUUGACUCCAUCGAUGAGUUUGACGAUGACAUUCCGGAUGCUUGCGAGCCCAAGGACUUCUACAAGGUGUACGGCCCCGUCUUCCAGCGCAACAGCCGCUGGUCGCUGCAGCAGCCCUGCCCACUGCUGGGCGACGACGCCACGCCGCACGCGCAAGUGGAUGCCUUCUAUGACUUCUGGUUCCUGUUCAAGAGCUGGCGCGAGUUUCCGCAGGAGGACGAGUACGAGCUGGACCAGGCAGAGGGGCGCGAGCACAAGCGCUGGAUGGAGAGGCAGAAUGCGAAGCUACGGGAAAAGGCUAAAAAGGAGGAAGUUUCCCGGAUCCGUGAGUUGGUUGAGAAUGCUUACAAGCGAGACCCGCGAGUUGCGCGCAUGAAGGAGGAGGAAAAGAAGGAGAAGCAAAAGAAGAAGUUGGCCAAGCAGGCCUCGAAAAGGGCAGCAGAGGAGGAGGCGGCUCGAAAGGUGGAAGAGGAGCGGUUGGCCAAGGAGGCUGCAGAGGCGGCCGCGGCGGAGGCGGCGCGGGAGGAGAAGAAGCAGCGUGAGAAGGACAAGAAGCUGGUGCGCAAGGAGCGGCAGCGCCUCCGGGCGGCCGCGGGGGAGCUGGCGGGGGCGGGCAAGAAAGUGACGGCGGAGGAGCUGGAGGAGCUGCUCACAGGGUUUGACCUCCUGGGGCUGCGGCGGGUGUGCGAUGAGGUGGAGGCGGCGGGGAGCGACGAGGGCAAGGGGGUGGCGCUGCGGCGAGGCGUGCAGAGGCUCAGAGACCCGCAGGCAGUGCACGACGAGCCGGCGGCGGCAGGGCUAAGCGCGGCGCCAGCGGCAGAGGGCAAGGAAACGGGGGCAGGGACGUCGGGCAAGGGCGGUGAGAGCCCUGGUGGCAAGGCUGCAGGCCAGUCUGCGGGAGGCGCCAAGGCGGCGGCGAACACUGCGUCGCGCCCCUGGAGCAGCCAGGAGACGGCGCUGCUGAAGAAGGCGCUGCUCAAGUACCCUCGCGGGACGCGCAACCGGUGGGAGGUGGUGGCCAGCAUGUGCGGGCGGAGCGUGGACGAGGUGAUUGCCACGCAGAAGAACGAGCUGCAGAAGAAGCCCGAGGACGACAAGGCCUUCCUGGCCUUCCUCGAGCAACGGAAAGCGCCGCCCGAAAUAAAGUCGCCCCUUACAGACAGGGCCGACGUGGGCGACGCGCCAAAAAGUGGGGUGGAAAAUGGGGAGAAAGCUGGGGGGGGACAAACGGCCAACGGGGGUGCGAGCGCUGCGAACGGAGCUGCUGCAAGUGACGACGCGUGGUCGGAGGGGCAGGAAGUGGCGCUGGUGAAGGCUCUGAAAGCGUUUCCCAAGGAGACACCGGCGCGGUGGGAGCGCAUCAUGCAGGCAGUGCCGGGGAAGACCAAGGCGCAGUGCUUCAAAAAGUUCCAGACGAUGAGGGAAAGCUUCCGAGCCAAAAAGGCGGAAGGCGAGUAACCUUGACGGCGUUGCUUUGCGCUUCACCAUAGACAGUCUGUCAGGUAGUAGGGGGCAGGGGCAGGGGAACACAUUGGAAGAUGCACAACAGAAAUUGGAAUGGCAAAUAUUUACACAGGACCAGUUCAGGUACGUCCCCUGAUGGCCUCUUCAAGAGUAGGUCGACGCAUGCUGAGCAUUCAUUUCUUCUGCAAUAACCAGGUUCAAUAAAGGAGGAGCACAUGACUAUUUUUGCCGAUGGCAGCAAUUGUUUAAGCACCUUAGGCUGAGGAGCAGAUCGUUGCUGAGAGGAGAAGCCACGCAUCAAGAAGCCAUUAUCACGACCAUUGUAACAUUGCUGUGCUCUCACAUUUUUAGAUUGUUUGAUCAGCUCUGCCAGGUUACGCUCUUUGCAAGGUUCGGCCUGUCUUUGAAUAUUUUUCCUGCGUCACUGCCUUGUCACUCUGCCCGG